UCUGCCUCUUGCAACCUACCUACCGCCAAGAAAAAUUAGACCGACCAUGUUGCAUCCUAGUAACGUACUAGUAGUAAGGGCUAGUCAGUGAGGGGUCUCUCUGUGGCUGGUGAAAUCUCCUCUAUUUAAGCCAAUAUCAACCAGCUCUUUGCUUCUCAAAACACUUGCAUUCCUUCUCUCUCUGUCUUCUGUUGCUUCAGUGCUCCAAAAAUGGUCAUGACAAGGCACUCCUCAGCCUUUGUUGUUCUUGCUCUCACUUGUUUUCUGUGUUUCAGUGCUUGCACAGAGUCACAGGACGUUCAACAUGAAGGAAAAAAGGCUGGACCACUUGUGUUUGUUGGUGUAAACAAUGUGUUCACCAAGCCUCAAAUUCCGAAUCAUGCUCCAAAUGGAGUUAGUGUCAGUGAUCAAAAAACAAGCCCUCUGCCAGUGGAGAACGCGGGUUCACUAUCUGUCCCAUAUCAGAUCAAAGAUGUUCAGGAAAAAUGGUGCAUUGUAAAGCCCUCCACUCUGGCUGCUAAACUCGAUGAUAUUAUUCAGUUCUGCUGCAUCCAAAUUGAAGUUGAUUGCAGUGCCAUCCAAGUUGGCGGCAUGUGUUACAAUCCGGCCACCAACAAAGUCUCCGAUGCAUCAGUUGUCAUGAAUAUGUACUACCAAAUUGCCGGACAGUUCGACCACGGCUGCAAUUUUGGUGGCAGCGGACUUAUAAUCACCCAAGACCCAUCUGUUGGCCAAUGCAUAUACCAGCUUGGUGAGUAAAAGCGAUGCUUACGAAUAAACCGAAUAAAUUGGUGGGAGAUGAGAUGGUUGGAUGGUAUUAUAGCUAGUUCCAUCAUUAGUUUAAUGACUUAAAUAGUGUGAAAUGAUAGAUUGGAAUGAGAUGGACAAGUGUUUCGCCAAUGAACAUGUCACAGUUUGUUUUUUUUAUCAUAUAUAUGCAUGGGGUUCCAUCCAGGGUUUUAAAUAUUAGCCGAUUUUAUUUCACAUUGAUUGGUAUUGCGUUUACUUCAUGGGGACAAGGAUAUGGUUCAAAUUGGAACUCUAAAAUCGACACAAUAAUUGUGUAUCUCCUUCAUUGAUUUCAUCCAUUAUUUUGGAAAUCAUAGCACAAGUUGAUAAAUUAGGUCGGUCUGUUUGAUCAACCAAGCAAUGCAAAGCUCUUGGUAAAAGAAGAAACAGAUAGUAAAAGUGCAAUGAUUUUCACCAGGUCCUUUGGACUAAAUCAUAAAGGUGUUGGGAGUAGAAUUAGCUGACAAGAAUUGAAGGUGGUUGAGAGAGUUUCAAACAGAUGAUCAUAACCGUGAGAAAAAUAGCUACCUGCCUCUGUUUUACUUUUAUUUGCCUUUCUCCAAUUUUCGUGGAAACCAAUCAUCAAACCAAGCCACCGACUUGCCCAAAUGUAGUUUCACUUUCCAUUCAAACAAUAAGAUGGCAAUAAAAGAAAAAAUUAACGGAAGAGCCGGCUUAUGAUUAGUAUUAAAAUAAAAUCUUUGUAAACAAUCACAUCAUUUCACAAUGUACUGUCUAGUGCACUCAUUUUCUUGUGGAUAUUACUAUGUCUCUCAGCAGCAAUAAGCAAUACAUAGAGACUACAAAGGCAAUCCACACCCACUUCUUUUGUUUUUCACCUCCCAUAGCCAAAAAAAUGAAUAGCAACAACAGAAGAAAAAAAGGUAUGAACCGAUAAGCAAACAUAA